CAUCCGUCUGCACAUGGAGGGGACGCUCACCGCCCGCGACAAGGUCGGAGUGCAGGACUUUGUGCUGUUGGACGCCUACACCAGCGAAUCCGCCUUCCUGGAGAACCUUCGCAAGCGUUUCAGAGAGAACCUCAUCUACACAUAUAUCGGGACGCUGCUCGUGUCCGUGAAUCCGUACCAGGAGCUGGGAAUCUACACCGCCAGCCAGAUGGAACUUUACCAAGGGGUUAAUUUCUUUGAACUCCCACCUCAUGUCUACGCCAUCGCCGACAAUGCCUACCGCAUGAUGUGCUCAGAGCUGAACAAUCACUUCAUCCUCAUCUCUGGAGAGAGCGGGGCGGGGAAGACGGAGGCCUCCAAGAAGAUCCUCCAGUACUUCGCAGUGACCUGCCCGAUGACUGAGUCACUCCAGAUAGCCCGGGACAGGCUGCUGCUUUCCAUCCCAAUCCUGGAGGCUUUCGGAAAUGCCAAGACACCCCGGAACGACAACUCCAGCAGAUUUGGGAAAUAUAUGGACAUACAGUUUGACUUCCAGGGCAUCCCCGUAGGCGGGCAUAUCAUCAGUUACUUGAUCGAAAAAUCCCGCGUCGUCUAUCAAAACCACGGGGAGCGGAAUUUCCACAUCUUCUACCAGCUGCUGGCGGGUGGGGAAGUGGAGCGCCUCGCCUCCCUGGGACUUGAGCAGGACCCUCAGCUGUACAAAUACCUCUCACAGGGUCAUUGUGCCCGAGAGUCACCUAUCAACGACAGGAAUGACUGGAAAACUGUGUCCAAUGCCUUUUCUGUCAUCGACUUUACAGAAGCUGACCUUGAGAACCUCUUUGGGAUCAUCGCCAGCGUCCUACACCUGGGCAACAUUUGUUUCAAGGAGGACAAGCAAGGCUGUGCCAGCGUUCCGGACACGCACGAGAUCAAGUGGAUUGCCAAGCUCCUGGGGGUCUGCCCGGAGGUUCUCCUGGAAGCUCUCACCCACAGGAAGAUUGAAGCCAAAACAGAGGAGGUGAUAUGCCCACUGACGGUAGAACUCUCUGUUUACGCUAGAGAUGCCAUGGCAAAGGCCGUUUACGGGCGGACGUUUACUUGGCUGGUCAAUAAAAUCAAUUCCUCCCUAGUCAACAAGGAUUUCACCCAAAAGACUGUGAUUGGGUUGCUGGACAUCUAUGGCUUCGAAGUCUUUGACAAGAACGGUUUCGAACAGUUCUGUAUAAACUACUGCAACGAGAAACUGCAGCAGCUGCUCAUAGAGAGGACGCUGAAGGCCGAGCAGGCCGAGUAUGAAUCCGAAGGCAUCGAGUGGGAGCCUGUUCAGUACUUCAACAACAAGAUCAUCUGUGACUUGGUCGAAGAGAGACACCGAGGGAUCAUGUCUAUUCUGGAUGAAGAAUGCAUCCGUCCCGGUCCCGCUACAGACUUGAGCUUCCUGGAGAGGCUGGAAGAGAAAGUGGGCAAGCAUGCGCACUUCCAAACCAGGAAGCUGGCUGGUCCAAAGGGCUGGAAGAGGAUUGGCUGGCUGGAGUUCCGCCUCCUGCACUAUGCGGGAGAGGUCACCUACAGUACCAAAGGUGAAAAAAACAACGACCUGCUUUACAGACAUCUGAAGGAGGUGCUGUGUGGGUCCAAGAACAGCAUCCUGAGGGAGUGUUUCCUGGUGGCCGAGCUUGAAAACCGGAGGCGGCCACCCACGGUGGGGACGCAGUUUAAGAACAGCCUGAGCAGCCUCCUGGAACUUCUCAUCUCCAAGGAGCCUUCGUAUAUCCGCUGCAUCAAGCCCAACGAGAGGAAGGAACCCAGCAAGUUCGACGACUUCCUCAUCAGCCAUCAGAUCAAGUACUUGGGGCUAAUGGAGCAUCUGCGUGUGCGGAGGGCGGGCUUCGCCUACAGGCGCAAGUAUGAGCAUUUCCUGCAAAGGUACAAGUCUUUGUGCCCAGACACCUGGCCACAUUGGCACGGACCCCCAGGAGAGGGCGUCGAGCGCCUGAUCAAGUAUAUCGGCUACCAACCUCAGGACUACAAGCUAGGAAAAACCAAAAUAUUCAUUCGCUUCCCCAGAACCCUGUUUGCUACCGAAGAUGCCUUUGAAUUUAGUAAACAUCAACUAGUUUCAAGAAUCCAAGCCACAUACAAAGGCUGCCUUCGAAGGAGGGAAUAUGUGAGGAAGAGACAAGCAGCCACCAAGUUAGAAGCCCACUGGCGCGGCGCCCUGGCUCGCAGGGAGAUCAAGAGGAGGAGGUGGGCUGUGCAGAUCAUACGGAGGUUCAUCAAGGGCUUCAUCAACCGUGACAAACCCCUUUGCCCUGACAAUGAGGAGUUUGUAGUGCUCGUCAGGAAGAAUUACAUCCUGAAUCUUCGCUACCACGUGCCGAAGAGUGUCCUGGACAAGAGCUGGCUGAGGCCUCCGGGCAUCCUGGAAAAUGCUUCGAAUCUGCUCCGGAAGCUGUGCGUGAGGAACCUUGUCCGGAAGUACUGUCGGGGAGUCUCAGCCGAGAGGAGAGCCAUGAUGCAGCAAAAGGUGGUCACGAGUGAAAUAUUCAAGGGGAAGAAGGCAGGCUACGCAGACAGCCUAAACCAACCCUUUGCCAGCAGCCGGCUGGAUGAAAGCGACAUAAAUCCCAAAGUGCUUCAACUGCUCGGCAGUGAGAAAAUCCAGUACGGCGUCCCGGUCAUCAAGUACGACAGGAAAGGCUUCAAGGCCCGUCAGCGGCAACUCCUCCUCACUCCGAGGGCGGCGUACGUGGUGGAACUUUCCAGAAUCAAGCAGAAGAUUGAGUACUCAGCCCUGAGGGGGGUCUCCACUAGCAGCCUGAGCGAUGGAAUCCUGGUUCUUCACGUUUCACCCGGGGACAAACAGCAAAAGGGGGAUGCCAUUCUGCAGUGUGAGCACAUAUUUGAGGUCGCCACUAAACUGGCCAUGCUGAUUAAGAAGGAGCAUGCCGUCCGGGUUGUUCAAGGAAGUUUACAGUUUUACAUCAGUCCUGGGAAAGAAGGCACAAUCGUUUUUGAGACUGGAGAGGAAGACCAGGUCUACAAGGAUAAAAACGGACAGUUAACAGUGGUGUCGGCAGGGAAGAAGACCUGACAGAGGAUGACCUUUGCCCCUUAAGGUCACUGUUUCUGUUCCAACUGAGCAAGCACGGAUCUGAUCCAGUUAGCCAAGCCUUCAAGGACAGUGCCAGCAGCUCCUGGAGGAUGGAUUGCAUCAGCAGAACCUGUGCUGUGUGGCAAAGCCAGACCUCAGCGGCUUGGGUGCCAGGUGGUAAUGCUUCCAAUGUUUCCUGGGAGCCAACCUUGAGUCACCCACUGUCCCCAGUGGAACCCAACCAGGCACACCAAGAAGUCAUUACAGGGUGGGGGGCCGACUUGGGAGUAAAGGAAAUGUUGUCAUCGAGGGGCACAACUUGAAUUCUGCUGUCAAUGACACUUCCCUGUGGCCAGGGGCUGGGCCAGGUUCGCACAGGGGCUUUAGCCCUACAGGUUAUUUACACCCCCCUGAAC